UCUUCAGUGCUUGUAGGUUGUUGGAAGACACGACGUUAAGCAAGUUUAUAUAAGACAGUCGACGCAGGAAGAUGGACAUUGAACAACAGGCUGUUGAAGGUAAUGGUCUUUUUGGUAUGAACACGGUGCGGGAGAGUACAGGGGAUUCUACAAAGAAGGUGCCAACUAGCACGGAGACGGAAAUUGGCAAGAUGACAACACGGCACGCCAAAAGGAUGAUCUUCAGUGUCAGUGACGUUCCGCCCAUCCCUGCUACUCUGACACUGGCCUUCCAGCAUGUCCUCCAGUCCAUGGCAAGCCUCUUAUCGGGAGCCAUUAUAUUCUCGGACCUCGUCUGUGCCUCAGAUCACGAGGACAUCAAAACGAAGAUUCUCUCCACGACCAUGUUAUCGACAGGGCUGGCUACAUUCUUCGUGACGACAGUUGGUUGCAGGUUACCAAUAUUUCAAGGCCCAUCCUUUACGUAUAUCAUACCUUUGGUCACCAUGGCAACUAUGUCUGAGUGGAAGUGCCCAAGUCAAGAAGAUCUUAGGGGCAUCUACGCCAAUACAUCAACGAACUACACUCUCAACCAUCGCGGGAUGAUCCCUGUUCCUGAUGACGUCAUCCUGUCCCGAAUACACACGGUAAUGGGCAGUCUGAUGCUAGCUGAAGUUAUUCACGCACUAAUUGGAGCUACGGGAUGUGCUGGUUUUCUGUUACGUUUCAUAGGACCCGUGACAAUCGUUCCCGCUAUCUCACUGGCAGCGUUGUUUUUGUUUAAAGUGGCUCUGAAGUAUUCACAAAUGCAUUGGGGAGUGGCAUUUUUAACUAUGGCGAUUGGCGUUACACUGUCUCUCUACCUCAGACAUGUGACGAUCCCAUGUCCGUUUUGGACUCCAAACCGAGGCUUCCAUAUUAUUAGGUCCAAGUUCCAUACUGUCUAUGCUGUCCUUAUAUCCAUCUUAAUUGGAUGGGGUACAUCAGCCAUCUUGACCUUGAGUGGUGCUUUGUCCUCGGAACCUGAAAGUCCCCAGUACUACGCCCGCACAGACUCACGGACAUACGUCAUCAGAGACAGUGGAUGGUUUUAUGUUCCUUAUCCUGGUCAGUUUGGCAUGUUCACAUUCAACGCUGGUGUGUUUAGCAGCUUCUUAGUGUCUUCUCUCUUGUCAAUCAUUGACUCGAUUGCUGACUACAGCGCAUGCGCACGUAUUUGUCACGUGCCUCCGCCUCCAGCACACGCAGUCAACAGGGGCGUGGCUGUAGAGGGCGUCAUGAGCAUCAUCACGGGUGGACUGGGCAUCGGUCAUGCUACUUCAUCAUUUGGAAACAAUAUUGGUACUAUUGGCUUGACCAAAGUUGCUAGUCGUCGUGUUAUGCAGGUUGCUGGCGUUCUGUUCAUCGUAUUUUCCGUUCUCCCCAAGAUCGGAGCAGUUUUCGUGACCGUUCCGUACCCAGUAGUGGGUGGGACAAUGGUCGUGCUGGAUGGUCUAUUGGUGGGCGUGGCACUGUCAAAUCUACAACCGGUGGACUUGUCCUCUACCAGGAACCUUGCUAUUAUUGGUAUGUCUCUAUUUGUUGGGUUGAUGAUGCCGUACUGGGCUGAGACAACCACGACUGGACUCAAUACAGGCAAUACAAAAGCUGAUUCACUACUGAAGGUCCUUGUGUCAAAUCCAAUGUUCAUUGGCGGGGGUCUGGCAUGCAUUCUGGACAAUACAGUUCGUGGCACACGAAAGGAACGAGGUUUGGAUUGGUGGGAGGAAGACACGGCCCACCAUCCGGGUCACGAGACGUCAACAGAGUACCCGUAUGAGGAAGGAAGUGAUGUGUACGAGCCAUUGUUCAUCCCAGAAAGCUGGAAGCGAUCAAAGUGGACCCGUUUUUUCCCUGUCAUACCAAAUUACCAUUAACAAGGUGUAACCGAAAUCUACAUUUCAUUUCCAACAUGAAAUGUGUUGAUGAUGCAAUUCGGAAGCGCUAUCUCAUAUUAAGAGACCAAUAUAUUAAUCAGUGUGUGAGUAUAGAUUGGAAUAUGUUUACUAUAGAACAUCACCAAAACGUUAUUUUAGUCAGUAGUUAUAGUUGCCUCAAAGGCAUGACUCCCUUAAGCCUGAUGUUUUAUUUUUCAUUUAUUUAUUUUUCAUACGACAAUGCAACGACACAUACAAGAGUCUAUAGCGUCGUUAACUGCAUUGUAACAGUCAUGGCUGUUGCUAAACAGAUCAACAUGAUCUGCCACAUGGGUCAGCUGUAACGCGUCGCUGACUUCAAGCUAUCAAGGUGUACAGGCAAAUAUCAAUUAAAAAGUUAUUAUGUUAAGUAGAAGGGGAUACUUCAAAAGGAGGAACUUGAAAUUAAAUGAUUAAAAAAGGAUGAAUGUACUGGGUAUGGGGAGUGAAGCUUAACAUCUGUGGGUGUGUAUGUUGUAUGAAGAUAUGAUUGCUUGGCUAAAUCACUAUAUUACAGUAUGAAUUCUAUUGUCUACUGAGUUAAUAUUAUGUAUAAGUCUUGAAAACAUAUCAUGCAUCUGGACCUUGUAGUUUUGAAAGUCAACAACUAACAACAUAUUUUGCAGUUCCACAGAGUUCAUCUGAAAGCUACUGUCCUCCUUAUUUUUCAUCUGACAUUAUUGAGACCGUGUCAAACAAUAGUAUUGAGCCUCUUCUCUGACUGGGUUGGAUGUCCUCGUGGAGUUGGUCGUGCAUUUGAAUUAAGCAUACUGAUCAUACAUGGAGAUAAUGCCAUGUGCUGGGGUGUUAUCGUAAAAAAAGAAAUUGUCCCAGAAAAUUAUUGAAAAAGAUAAAAAUGCUUAAAAUAUGAAAUUGCCUACCUAAAAACCUUUAUUGUAGCAAGUUCCUUUUCUUUAAUCAAAUUCAAUAUCAUAGUUGUAAAUACAAAAAAAAAUUGAUUUUUUAGUUGUAACUGAAAAAUAUCUAAUCUUGAUACAAAACAGCUAUUGGAACCAUCCUGAAAAAGGUAAGUCUCGUCAUCAAUCUGUUAGAUGACCACCCACCCCUCUUUCCUGCAAGUAAUAAACUUCCUGCUGAACGGGAGGCUCUUCCCAUACUGGUUGUCCAAACUUAGGUCCAAAGUCCUCAGUUCCCACAUCAUACAUUUUCGUCUGUAUUUCUUAAGAAUGUUUAAGGCUAAAGCAUGCAGAUUCAGAAGGCAUAUUCCAACCAUAUGAGUUUCUUUAAAUAUUCUUCAUGUUUCUGAGCAUUUUCAUUUGGGUUUCUGGGAAUCAAUUGUUUGAUAGGCAUUACUUAGAAGUUGACGGAUGACAAAGUAGAGACAAUUUAUAGAAAACAACUUCUUCAUUUACCUAAAGGAGUAGUUUAUAAAAAAAUUGACUGCAACUGUUGGCAAUCCUACGAAGGUGAAACAUCCCGCCCCAUCAACACCAGAAUCAAAACGUCAACAAUCAAAUCAGAAGUAAAUCAGCAACUGCACCAAUCACAACAUCAACUGGGAAAACGUCCAGACCCUCUCAAACAACCACCAUGGCUUCACCAGCAGAAGCAGUCCACAUUCUCCGCCACAAGCCAUCAAUCAACAGAGAUGAAAGCUGUUUCAUUCCAUCUGCCUACUAUGAACUCAUUAAGCAAUAAUCACCCCACCAAUGUACACUGAAUCCUGUUUAAUUAGAUUCGUCCUAUUGGCUUCGUCAUCUUGUAUUGUCUGUACAUCAUGUUGUAACAGUAUUAUCCUUCUGUUGUCAUUGUUUAACCUUCUCACUUUGAUGUAUGCAAUUGUUGUUACUGUUAAUCCUCCACCUACUGUAUAUGUUCUGUACCAUUUUCAUUAUGCAGGCUUCUUUAAUCCCUCUAAUUUACAUUUUUUUGGGCCAGCCGAUUACUUAUGUAUUACCCACUAUUGUUUAUUAUUGUUUAACCCGUCUGGCCCCGACUGCGAAAUAGCCAACGGCUGAAGCGGUCGUAAAAUCUAUAAUAAUACUUAUGCAGCCUUGCUUGACAACGGUACAAGGAUCUUUACCAAAACGUCACCUUCACAGUAAAUAAAGAAGUUGGUAUCUA